CGGUACGAAGCUUCCGGGAGAAGUGGUAGUUUCACUUCGAAGAAGAAGUAGGCCCAAGUCAGAUACCAGAUCAUGAUAGUCUUUGUCAACCCAUAAAGAUGCUAGAAUUUUAUUCGACUACAUCUAUUAGACGUUUAAGACUUUCAAUCGUGUUCUCUUGAAUUGUUCAUUACGCACAAUCGUAACGACUGCAGAGGUUGCUUCCGCGCCAAGACUUGGUCUGCAAUAGUGAUACACUGAACGUGCUUAACGCUUGUGUGCGUCAUAUGGAUGAAUCAGACAUGAAAUCCGAAGAAGAACAGAUGCCCAUGGCUGGCAACAUCAAAGCCAUUGACAGGAAAUCUGUACACAGAAUCUGCUCUGGGCAGGUAGUCCUGACAUUGGCUACAGCUGUCAAGGAACUAAUAGAAAAUAGCAUUGAUGCUGGGGCCACUACCGUAGAAGUAAAGUUAAAGCAGUAUGGAAUCCAAACGAUAGAAGUGAUAGACAAUGGAUCUGGAGUGGAAAGAAAAAACUUUGAAGGAUUAACCUUGAAGCAUCACACGUCAAAACUUCAAGACUUUUCUGACCUGGUUGAUGUAGAAACUUUUGGAUUUCGAGGAGAAGCUUUGAGUUCCUUGUGUGCAUUGAGUGGAAUGACUAUCAUAACCAGACAUUCCAGUUCAGAUGUGGCAACAAGAUUGGAAUUUGAUCACAAUGGCAAAAUUUCACAGCGAACCACUCAGGCUAGACAGGUUGGAACAACAGUUAUUGUUCAGAACAUUUUCUCCACCCUGCCCGUGCGACACAAAGAGUUCCAACGGAAUAUUAAGAAAGAGUUUGCCAAGAUGAUCAAUGCUGUGAAUUCCUACUGUAUCAUUAGUACUAAUGUACGCAUAACCUGUUCUAACCAGACAGAUAAAGGUCAGAGGUCUAUUGUCGUCUCCAGUAAAGGAAAUACAAGUCUAAAAGACAACAUCUCCAAUGUUUUUGGACCCAAACAGAUGAAAUGUCUACUUGAAAUAAAACAGCUUGGUCCCAAUAAGGAUGUGUGUACGGAGUACGGCUUGGGGUCCUGCCAAGGGAAUAUCCCAUUCAGACUUGAAGGCUACAUUUCCCCGUGUGUUCAUGGUCAAGGCCGAAGCAGUGCUGACCGACAGUAUUUCUUCAUCAACAAGCGACCAUGUGACUCACCUAAGUUGUCCAAAGUGGUUAAUGAGGUAUACCAUCAGUACAAUCGUCAUCAGUACCCCUUUGUUGUUCUCCAAGUUACCAUGGCGACGGACGCCAUUGAUGUCAAUGUUACUCCAGACAAGAGACAGAUCUUCCUGCAGGAAGAAAAACACCUUUUAGCCACUAUCAAGACAUCCCUGCUUUCUCUGUACCAACCAAUGAGUGGAGUCCUUCCUCUCAAUCCAGUUCAGACAACUCACAUUGGAGGGGCAGAGAUGAGAAAAUACACAAACCAAUCCAUUGAUGAACAAGUCUCAAGUUCAAAUAUGACUGACAGCUCACUGGGAAAGCUGAAGAGAACUUUUUCCAGUGCAUUUUCUGCUGCUGACAACUGCAUGUCGAACAAGGAGCAAGCAGCCAAACAGAUAAAACUUGACAACUUUGUUACUAAAAAGACAUUGUCAGCAUCUGACCUUGACCUUGACACUGUAGAGUCAACAUCAGAAGAUAUUACUUUGGUUGUUCUACCACACUCAUCCUUGGGAUGCAAAUUACAUAUCAAUACAUCAGAAGAAACAUCAAGUUCCCAAAUUUCAGAGGAUACAGUGAGGUCAGAAGGUCAAUUAUCACAUAAUACAGAAGGGUCAGAAGGUCAAUUAUCACAGGAUACAGAAAGGUCAGAAGGUCAAUUAUCACAGGAUACAGAAAGGUCAGAAGGUCAAUUAUCACAGGAUACAGAAAGGUCAGAAAUUUCACAUGAUACAAUGGUGUUAGGUUGUCAAGGUCAAAGUUUACAGAAAACUUUAUUUGAUACCAAAGAUUCAUUGACUGAGGAGAUUGACAUUCAAACAUCAAAGGAAACUGUCAAUUGGAAUUUAUCAGAUCAAAAUAUGAUGGACAAUACACAAAGAGAUGAUCACCUCAUAUCAAAGGAUAUUGAUGAUAACACAAGAACUACCUCCUCCAACUCCAAAACUUCACUCUUAUCAGACACUCAUUUAAAUACAUCUGUGUUUUCUUCAACGAGACCUGUCUGUGACUCCAAGCCUUCACUGCCUGCAUCCUCACCAAUACAAUCUCCCAAAAGUAAAUCUCUGUCAGACUCGGGUGGAGACUCAGGUGGACAUAUUAAGUGUUACAUGCCAUCUACAUCUGUCUUGGCCAGUGAGGGAGCUGUGUAUGAUAUCCAUGACAGAGGAGGUAACAGGAUGUUAACACAGGAAGACAGUGUAAAACAACCGGCCGAGUCUGAGAUAAUCAAAACAGACUUUGACAAAUCAAGAGCAGAAUUCAAACAUGAGAAAACCAUGAAGUUUAGCAUGCUAAGCCUUCAAACUAAAGUCUCUGAGAAACAGAAAAGCAUAGGUGAAAAACUCAAGGAACAGGAAUUUUAUCGAACAUUCCGUGCGAGCAUUACACCAACAGACAACCAAUCUGCAGAGGAAGAAUUGCAGCGGGAAAUCACACAAGAUAUGUUCAGUAGGAUGGAUAUUCUGGGUCAGUUCAACCUUGGAUUCAUUAUUGUGAAGAAUAGAGAUGAUUUGUUUAUUGUUGAUCAACAUGCAACGGAUGAGAAAUACAACUUUGAACAGCUCCAGAAGCACACCGUACUACAGAGUCAACGCCUCAUACAACCCAAGAACCUAGAACUGACAGCCAGCAAUGAAACCAUCCUGAUGGACAACCUUGAUAUAUUCCACCAGAAUGGAUUUGACUUUCUCAUAGAUGAAUAUGCCCCUCCCACUCAGCGUGUUAAACUUGUUUCAACUCCUGUCAGCAAAAAUUGGAACUUUGGAAAAGAAGAUGUUGAGGAGAUGAUUUUUAUGCUUUCUGACUCCCCUGGUGUCAUGUGCAGACCUUCUCGUAUCAGGCAGAUGUUUGCAUCACGAUCCUGCAGGAAGUCUGUUAUGAUUGGCACGGCACUGAACCAUACAGAAAUGAAAAAGUUGGUCACACACAUGGGAGAGAUAGACCAGCCUUGGAAUUGUCCCCAUGGUCGACCAACCAUGAGACAUUUGAUCAACCUGAAUAUGGUGUCAACAUGAAGACGAGAAGUGUCCUAUUAAACCACUACAUCUGACAGCUGAUACAGAUAGAGAUACUGGAAAGAGGAUUGAGAUCUAUACAGAUGAAAAUGUUCAGGUUUCAAAAGGAAGUACCUGUUGAAGGAUUUCUUCCAUUUAUUACCUAACAUCUGAUUGUUUGGCUUGUUUCUAUAAUGAAGUAUGAAGAAAUUCUGCUGCAAUCAAUCAGGAUUGUUUGAAUAAAUACUAUCAUCCA